UCGUUUUAACUCAGACAACAAAAACAAGUACAAAAAUUUCAGUUAAUGUUGUUAUUAUUAUUGAUUUUCCCCAGUCGAUUCGAAAUUGAGCGUAAAACCCAGCGAAUCAGCUGUUUGGCGGCAACGAGAGGAAAACAAAACAAUUAAAUAUCCGCCGCAGCCGCAAAAAAAAACAAAAAAAAAAAGAGAAAAACAACUGCGACGCGAUAAAAUUGUUUGCCAAUAAGAAUCGGGCUUAGUGCGAAUUGGCAUCCGAAAGAUACAGGAACGUGGUGGCUGCAGCUGCACCAGGAAGACCAUGGUUUUCUUCAAGUUCUUAAAGAGCAAACUGUAACGUAUAUAUAAAAGCACACCAGAUCAACGUAAACAUACGCGAAUAUCGAAAAAUACAAAAAAGAUACAAAAAAAAGAUACGAAAAAGAUACAACACCAAAGGGAAUAACAAUGCGCGAAAUCCAGGCCUCCCAAUUUAUGACGAAGACGAAUCGCUUGGUGGUUUUGAGGCAUGGCGAAAGCGAUUUCAACAUAGAGAACAAAUUUUGCGGUUGGCACGAUGCGCCCUUGAGCGAGUUCGGUAUCCAGGAGGCUUUAACCGUGGCGAUUCCUGCGUUGGCCCAAUCUCAGCUGGAAUUCGAUGUGGUCUAUUCAUCCGUACUAAGUAGAUCGCGUCAAACUGCCGAAUUGAUUCUGUGCAAGUUGAACUGUGCCUAUGUGCCCAUCAAAGAGGAUUGGCGGCUAUGCGAACGGCACUACGGAGAUCUGACGGGUUACCGGAAACGGAAAGUGGCCGAUCGCUACGGGGAGGAGCAGGUUCAGGCCUGGCGACGAGGAUACGACUGUGUUCCGCCGCCCAUCGAGGAGAGCAACCGCUACUACUACACCAUCUGCAGUAAUCCCAUCUUCGAUGACGUCCCACCCGGCGAGUUCCCGCUCUCCGAGUCCCUGCACAUGUGCGUCGACCGGGUGAAACCAGUCUGGAAGGAGGUCAAGCGGGAGGUGCUCAAGGGCUCCCGAGUGCUGAUGUGCGUCCAUGGCACUGUGGCACGAGCCCUAGUUCAGCACAUCGAGGGAAUCUCCAACGAGGCCAUCGAAAAGGUCAACAUUCCUAACUGCGUGCCACGGGUCUACGAGUUCGAUUUAACCACGGGAGGCUUGGUGGGCGGCGCCAUUAACCUGGGAGAUCAGGAGUAUAUCAGGCGGAAAACCGCCCAGGUGGCAGCCAUUGGUGACUGAUUGAGGAAAACCCCUCGACUUUUGUGGAAUUUACAUACUUGAGCCCUUUGGAGAAGUUUUUUUGCCUUCGCUGCUUGAAGUCUGAGGAGCUCGGCUGUUUAGGAUAUUAUAACAUUUAUUUAUUUGUCUAACCCGUCUGAUAUUUUCGGCCAAAAAUAUACAAUUUAUACAAAACAUAAA